AGUUUGAUGGAGAGCGCGUCAUUUCCGGUUCUGUGUGUUAAAGUUUGUGCUGGGUUUAAAGGGUCUUACAGGAAGCAGACACCAUGGGGAGAGAACUGAGCAAGUUAAUGGUUACUGCUCCAUCUAAUUCAUAGAGAUAGGAGGUUUCAGGACUCAAUGUCCCUUAAAGAUGGGUUUCUAUGGCAGGAAGGAGCAUUCUGUGCCCAGACUGGGCAGCCUGGAGGGACCUGGCUGUUAUUUGGGCUCCUAGAAUUUGGGAUAUUAAUUACACACCUGCCCACAGGAAAUGGAGAUUCAUUAUUUAAAAGUGGGUCCAUUCCAUUUAAAGGGGGGGAGCUGAUAUUCCAAAAAUGGUAGUAAUUAUUUAUUUUAGUUCUCUAUUUUUUUUUCUUUGUUUAAUGGUGGCCAGGGAGGUUUAUAUUGUGGAAAUUUGAAUGAAUACAAAAAAAUUUAGCGAUCUGAUGUAUCAAGAGCGUUUAUUUGUAACAAUGGAAUUGUGAUCAUUGAAUCUAUGUUUCACUAUAAUCAUGUAAAAGGUUACGUUUGGUAUUGCUUCCGUUUCAUAAAUAUGUUGGAAGUUGUCACCUUUUGGUUGCUGUUGUAAUAUUAUGCUUUAGAAUAAUUAAUUUUUGUUUUUGGUAUUUAGGGGUUUCAUGCUUGAUAGAUUCUUUAAUUUUUUUUAUUUUUUUUUAUCCUAUUGAUGAAAUAAUAAAACACGAAAGUCCUCUGUGACCUAUAUAAAGGUUAUGAAUGUUAUAUUUUACAAAAGGUGAAUAGCCUGAGAGAGUUUUUGUUCUUGAAUAUUGGUGUAAAGUGGGUUAAGUAUGGAAGAGGGGCAGAACAAUCUCACAAGCAUUGGUUCUGCUGCAUCUCCCAGCAAACUUGUCAAAAGACCCAUCACUUGGGAGCUCUCUGAAUCCGAAAAUGAGGAAGAUCACGGAGAAGACCCAAGAGAGCACCAUGCGUGCCCUGUUCUUCAGAUAGACACAAAUGUACCAAAAGUAAUGUUAAGUGGUGUUGAAGAAGAAGCUCAGGAACCAGUGUCUUUUGUUGAGUCUAGUGGUCCAGCCUUGGCUUUACCCCUUCCAGGUGGUACCACACCUAGUCCAGUCAAAAGGACAAGAAAAAAGAAGACUUCAGAAGAAUUGGAAGCUGAAAAGGUAGAAGCAGAGGAAAAGAAAAAGGCUAGAGAGGCAAAAAAGCAAGAGAAAGCAAGGAAAAAGGAUCUUGAGAGGUUGGAGAAGGAGAGGCGAAAACAUACCGCUGCAGCUUUGAAGCUUCUGAGACCAGAUCAGUGUGUGAAGUACAUGAUUGUUCAGGUGGAUGCAGGUCAGUACAUAGCCUUCGUUUAGUCACGUUUGUCUUCACUACAUUAAGAAUUGUCAAGGAAUGGGGAAUAUCCAUGCCAAAACCGCAUUUUUACUUCCUAUCUAUUAAAACCUUAUUAAAAGAGCAGCCUAAGCUUUGUAAAUGCUGCCUGCCACCAGUGCAAUUAGGAUGCAAACCCACAGUUUUUGGUCCAUCCGUUUCCAUUGGCACCCACUGCUGACACACCCUGCACUUCUAUUUCUCAACUUCCAGUUCCACAUUAAUAUAAAUUUCAUCCACAUUUCAAACUCAUUCAUUGGAUGAGUGUGUUGGAUAAAACAUGGAUUGUCUGAGAACCAGGGAAUGCUGUCUUUAGCCUAACUCUGACUGUCUAUCUAUUUACACAGACACGCACCAUUAUUGAAAGUCCUUGCCAUUUUCAAACAGAAUGAACUCUUUUUCCAGGUCUUCUUGAAGACACCGGGUCAGAGGAUGUUUUGGAAGUCCUGAGAUCCUCUGGGUAUGCAUACUCAAUAGAACCACAUUCUGUACCCCAGAGUUUCACAUGGAGAAGAGAGAUGCCUUCAGACUGGACAUGUGUUGUAAGUGGGUAAUGUGUUUUAAGUGUUUCCCUAUCUGCAAGUAAAAUCCAACAAUAUAAAAACAUGUCUCCCAAAUAUCCUUCUUUUCUACCGGGGUUACCACUCAUUUUCUAUGAGCUCCAAAUGUUUGUUGUGUAUGAUUAGAUCAUAGAGCCCCAAAGCAAUCUGACAAAUCUCAGAAGAUUUCUAAAUUACAGUACGUGUUUUUAGAAUUAGUUUGCGUAAGUAAAAGAUUCUUUGACAUUGCUCCAAAUUAGCCAUGUAUAUCUUUUUUAAAACAUAGUGCUAGAAUUCUGAAACAUCCAGAAACCGUGCCAUCCACCGGCCAUAUCCACUGCUACAAACCAUGAAGAAAAAGUGUCCUUUUCUCAGUUUGGUAUUUUGGGAGAUACAUACAAAGUCUUUCUUCAUUUCACUUUCAGGAGGGCCUGGAGUUGAGUGUGGGAGAAGAGGACUGCAUUUUGAUUGUGGUGCAGCCAGGUGACUUUUUGAGGAGUGUCUCCGUAUUUGCUCAGGUAGUACCCAAGUAGGUGGGAUGAGGAGGGAAUUUAGUAGGUGGCUGAUUUUAUAGAUCUCGGAUAUUGACUUCAUUCACUAAACACUGAAUUAAAAUCUGAAUAGAAGCAUUUAAAACUUGAAUAGCAGAGAUGUGACUAACUAAAUCAGGGAUGCUUACUCAAAUUUCAUCAUGUGAUUUUUAUUUAUUUUUAUUUUAUUAUUCACCAAAGUGAGCUUUGCAGUGAGUUUUAAUAAGAGGUAAAAAAAAAAAGCACAUUCUGAGAAUUUUGAAAUUUGUUUUUGACUGAGGGUAGUGCGAACUAAGUCCAGAAACACUUGGUGUAUGUGUCUUUAUUUAGGUUUUAUCUAUUUAGAUGUAAAGUUUAAAGUGCAUGUAGCAUUGUGUUUGGUUUUUGUGGUUUUUUUUUCUUCUUGUUAUUGGGAAAACAUGAACAGACUUAUUUACUGUUCUAGAUCUUCAAAGCUCUUCAGGAGAGGUUAGCGGAUAUAGCAAACCGGGUGAAGCAUUUGCAGAACUUCUGUGCUACUAGACAAUAGUACUGGAUAUAGGCUAUUAAUGUGUUCUUUACUAUAAUUGAAUAAUUUUUAUAUUUUAAUAUAUUUGUUAAUCAUUGGAAUUUCAAGAUCUUAGGUUAACACAGUAGAUAAAUUAAUCUGCAAAUCAUCUGGAUUCCCUUUAAAACCCUUUACUAUUGCCGAUUUAAGUAUUGUGUGUGUGUGUAUAUAUUGGGUUGUUCAUACUAAUAUACUUUAACCAUUUAUUUAUCAAUUCUAGUCCUCAAAGUACUCCAGCAUUGGGGAUCAGAGUUUUGAAGUCUUGGGAUCUCUUUUUGGGAUAUCAAAACAACUCCAUCAAAAGCAAAUCACCUUGAUUGUUAUUGGAUUUAAAGAAUAUCAAUGGUGGGUUUUUAACAAAAACUACCGUGUCCAAUUUUUAACUGUGUUUAACGGAAUUUGAUAACUGUUUAUUUUUAUUUAUUUUUUUGUAAUUGUAUAUGUAGGAAGGAUAGGUUUGUACACUAAACAGUGGAUAGUGAUUCCUCCGCUGAAUUGUAACAUUUGCCCAAAUAUAUAUUGGAAUAAAAUAUCCACCUACAUUUCUCUGCAAUUCACUGUUUUUUUGAAUAAACACAUUUUAUUGUAAUAAAAGGCGACACUAUGUCUGUCUGUAGGUGUCAUAAACUUUCUCGUCAGAUGGAAAGACACUCGUUGCAGCAGAAGGACUGUGAUAUUGAUGAGGGCUCUGUGACAAGAAAUAAGAUAAAUGAGGUAAACUUUGAGAAUGCACCUUUCGCUUCCUCACAGUUCCACUUCCAUCCAUUUUCUAAAGAAUAUGACUCUGUGACUGACCGGGUCUGUUCGCCAUACUUUGUAGUAUUAAAGCAAUGCAUUAUGGGUGUGCAAUGGCAUUUAUGUCUACAUUUCAGGUUUUAAAUGUGCAAUCCUCACUGAUCAUUCUUCCUAGAACUCUGUGUUGGCUGCAGAUCUGAUUAAUCUCCUUUGCUUACCAUUGUCCUUGUUUGGGGGGUCUAGGCCCUUGUCUUUCUGCAGCUAUCUUUAAAAACAGAGGUGCUGUUCGUGGACACGUGGAGAGAUUUAGGACAGCACGUGUGCGCUGUGACCAAAAGCUUGGCACAAAGACCUUCCCGGUGAGUGUAACAACCUAUAUGCAUGUAACAGCUGGGGUUCAGUCAGUUGGAGCAUAUUACUCAGACUCCUCUCUGUCUCUACUCAGGAAGCACUGGGAAUCCCAGAGCUUCUCAUUCUGCACCUCGGCAGGCACAUGGAAAGGGUGGGGCCCUCGAGGGGCCCUCAAUGGAUUGCCUCUCGCCUGGAAGAGACAAAUCCAACAGCUCAAUAGAGUAAGUCCUGCAAUGGCCGCAGCUGUGACAGAUGCCUAUCCCUCUCCCCAGCUGCUUAUGAAGGUGAGGCCCAUAAAAUGCUCUCUGGCUGCACAUUGAUAUGACGCAGAACAAUGCAAGUGUAGGAUGUCGCUAUCACUUAAUAUUACAGGGGUCCCUACAGAAAUCUGUAUAGUUAUGGAACCAUUAUUGAGGAAGAGAAGUGUCUCUGCUGACGUAAGUAAUAUGCAAAGGAGUAAAGCGGGUUAACCCAACAUUAUUGAAGAGAACCUGAACUAGUAUGGCGUUUUUUGAUUUAUGACUUUGUCCCCAGAAAAGGGGAAUGAAAGUACCUUACAACAGCUCUGUUAUAGGACCCCAAAAGAAACCCAGUGAUUAGGCACAACUAAGGGAUUACAGAUCCUAUAAAAUAAGACAACCUACCAGUGGAAAAGGAACAGAUAAUGUGACUUUAUAGGAUAUAUAGCACUUUUACACAAAGUACUCGGCAAGAUGGUCCAAGAGCUUACAAUCAAAGAGAUUUUGAAAUGAUAUAAAAGUUUUGUCUAUUUGCCAAAACCAAUGAAGAAUCUCAAUUUUAUUUUCUCCUUGUGCAUUUCGACUUCAUUUGUUUGUCCAGUUUUCUUUCUUUCCUCCACCUGCUUUUUCUCCUGUCUCCUCUCCUCCAGGCCUAUGAUAAAUGUGGCACAGAGCGUGAGAAAAUAACACUGCUUUCCAACCUCCGAGUUCCUCAGGAUCAUAACGCAGUGGCCACAGAUGAUGUUGAGGGUGCAGAGAUUGCUUUUGGGGUCGACCAAGCCCCAGGAAAAGAAAGACGCAUAGGGCCUGAUUUGUCUCGCCGAAUUUGGCUCUUCAUGACAUCACUCAAUCCUGAUAUGGUGCUGGACUUGAAUUCCUAGCGCAGAUGUGGUUGGAGAGCAUUCAGGUCUGAUAUGAACAUCUGACUUUAAGCUGCAAGUGGUGACAGCUCUACCUGGAAUGUGGCACUUAUGCACCAAAAGUGGCCGUGGAGAUGAAUAAUUGGAUGUGUAAAAAGGGAUGCUUUGGUGAACAGUUUCCUUCAGAGAUAUAAUCUUCAGGGCCAUUCGAUCAAGCAGAUGUAAUUGUUUGCAUUCCAAAUGCAGUGAAUUACAUCUACAAAUUGUCUCAGCAGAGCAUGAUGGGAGAUGUAGUCCUCCCACCACUUCUGGGGGUCAAUUAGACCCUCAAAGUGAAUUUUUAUUUUCACACUAAAUCCUUAAAAGAAAUGACCAUUCAAGAUCCAUGUCCACUGGGCUCAAUAAUGUAUCAAACUGGACCCCUGGAGAUGCUUUUUGUUAACAAAACUCUAUUGUCAUGAAAAGAGAUGUGGCAAUUGUCAAUUUGGGUUUCGUAAAGCCUCUGUUAACACAUUUCAAAUACAGCAGGGCUGAAAAUUUCCACUUGCCACGUGUGAGUAGAUAUUUACCCGUAGUGAGUGUGCCAGGGCCCCUGUGGGCUUGCAGCAGAGACUAUUUAGGGUUUGGUCAGUGCUGUAGGAGUCUAAUUUUUAAGACCAGAAGAUUGUUUUGAUUUCACUGACCUUGUCUUGUGUAUAUUUUUUUAAAACAGGCCACUUCCCAGAUUUUUCUUUUCAUCAUUUGUUUAUUAAAUUAUUCUAUAAUACCAUUUUGCAAUAGAAGAGACUAAUAUGCACAAACUAAGCAAGGGUAAAUACUUCCACCAAGGAACUCCAGACAGAGAGGCCAAGUUCCUCAAAAUGUCCAAUGGAAAUAGAUACAAAUGUCCAGGCACACCAGAUGGUCUCUUCCAAAAGGCAGUCUUUAGUUGGAACAAAUAAGCAGAAACAUUUUCACUUUCAUGUUUUUUUCGAAGACACUAUUGUGUUCCUGGACAUUUGUAUCUACUACUGUAAUAACCAUUUUCUCACUCUUCUUGUUAUCUUUGUUUAUGAUAGAUGAGGUGCCAAGAUUGCCAUGAGUUUUGUGGUGAAAGGACUUAUUCAUCGUGUGUAUUCUGUGCUAACUACAUAAUCGUCUAAGCUCAUGGCUUUGAUUCUUUAGUUUUUCUAGAUGAAAGGCAGGGAUGUAGGAAAUAGUCCUUCGUAUAGAAGUAUAGAAGUACUAGAGGAAUGUUAUGGGAUAGUCCUAACUGGGCAAGACAUCCUUCAGGGACUAAUGGGCCAAGUUUUGGGGGGUGGAAUCGCAUUUAGACAAGUAGACAGCUGCUUCAUAACUAGACUGCUGUUUAAGAUCAUUUUAAAAUGCUUAAAGGACUCGACAGCUUAUUGUAUUUUUUAUGGUGUGUAUAGUCCGUUCUUUUCAGGCUUUUUGCAGUAAACACUGUCUUUUGAGAGAAAAUGCAGUGUUUAUAUUACAGUUGAGGAAUACCUUCACGGCCCAGUCCUCAUAUGGCUACUUGAGGUGCUUCCUGGGGCAGUGCUGCACAGUGUGCAUCAAUUACAUUGAGUGUCUCCAACCUUUGCAUGCAGACACUGAACUUCAAUUCAUCUCUAUGUUGCGAUGUUGAUUGGCCAGGGCUGUGUUUGGCUUGUGCUGGCUCUGCCCAUGAUCUGCCUCCUUGACAAGCUCAACCAAUUCAAUGCUUACCUAUCGGAAAGCAUUUUGAUUGGCUUUGGUCACAACUGCUGAUGAGGUCAGCCAAGGAAGCAGAUCGGGGCAGAGCUAGCUGACUGGAAUGAAGGUACGAUUUUACUAUAUUAAGCGGUGACUAGUUGGUGUUCUUAACACUAUAUGGUCAGGAAUACAUGUUUGUGUUCCAUUAAUAAACUCAAUUCAGCUUAGAUUAAAAUGCAUUUCUUAUCUGUAUUUAACUUGAAAUGUUCAUUUAUGGCUCAAGUAUAUAUUAAACCAAGACUUAUACCUCAUACAUUGUUUAUAUUUCUAUAAUGUGUUGUAUCUUAUUGUUAAAUAAUUAUGACCCUUUUACAAGGUUAUUCUUUAGGGAUUGUGGACAAAAACACACAGACAAGUAUGUGAAAAUAUUGGUUGUUAAAGUAGGCUACGGUUAGUUUGUCACAAGUAUAAAC